CCGAGCUCGGGCCACCGCGGCGCGGGCGGGACUUCACACUGUCCCGGGCCCGGCGCAGCUGCGCGCUCGUGCCAGAUUGCUGGGAUCUUCAAUGGCAGGAGAAGGAGUCAUCAGAAGACAGAGAUGAAUUUUAACACUAUUUUGGAAGAGAUUCUCAUUAAAAGGUCACAGCAGAAAAAAAAGACAUCGCCCUUAAACUACAAAGAGAGACUCUUUGUGCUGACAAAGUCCGUGCUAAGUUAUUAUGAGGGUCGAGCAGAGAAAAAAUAUAGAAAGGGAUUUAUUGACGUUUCAAAAAUCAAGUGUGUGGAAAUAGUGAAGAACGAUGAUGGUGUCAUUCCCUGUCAAAAUAAAUAUCCAUUUCAGGUUGUCUAUGAUGCUAACACACUUUACAUUUUUGCACCUACUGCACAAAGCAGAGACCGAUGGGUAAAGAAGUUAAAAGAAGAAAUAAAGAACAACAACAAUAUUAUGAUUAAAUAUCACCCCAAGUUCUGGGCUGAGGGAAGUUAUCAAUGUUGCAGACAAACUGAAAAGCUAGCUCCUGGAUGUGAGAAAUACAACCUUUUUGAGAGCAGUGUAAAGAAAGUACUACCUCCACCACCAGAAACAAAGAAGCGAAGGCCUCCUCCACCCAUUCCUCCUGAAGAAGAAGACAACGGUGAAGAAGUAGUUGUGGCUAUGUAUGAUUUCCAAGCAACAGAAGCACAUGAUCUCAGAUUAGAGAGAGGCCAAGAAUAUAUCAUAUUAGAGAAGAACGAUGUUCAUUGGUGGAGAGCAAGAGAUAAGUACGGGAGUGAAGGAUAUAUUCCAAGUAAUUAUGUAACAGGAAAGAAAUCAAACAAUUUAGAUCAAUAUGAAUGGUAUUGCAGGAACAUGAACAGAAGCAAAGCAGAGCAACUCCUCAGAAGCGAAGACAAAGAAGGUGGCUUUAUGGUCAGAGACUCCAGUCAACCAGGCAUGUACACCGUCUCCCUAUAUACAAAGUUUAGAGGAGAGGGCGCGUCAGGUUUUCGGCAUUAUCAUAUAAAGGAAACAACAACAUCCCCCAAGAAGUAUUACCUGGCAGAGAAGCAUGCGUUUGGCUCUAUUGCUGAGAUCAUUGAAUACCAUAAGCAUAACGCAGCCGGACUUGUAACAAGGCUGCGAUACCCAGUUAGUGCCAAAGGGAGGAAUGCACCAACCACCGCAGGAUUCAGCUACGAAAAGUGGGAGAUUAACCCUUCGGAGCUGACCUUCAUGCGGGAAUUGGGCAGCGGACUGUUUGGAGUGGUGAGACUCGGCAAAUGGCGGGCACAGUACAAAGUAGCCAUCAAGGCCAUCCGGGAAGGUGCCAUGUGCGAGGAGGACUUUAUAGAAGAAGCAAAAGUCAUGAUGAAACUGACCCACCCAAAGUUGGUGCAGCUCUAUGGGGUCUGCACCCAGCAGAAGCCCAUCUACAUCGUCACGGAGUUCAUGGAAAGGGGCUGCCUGCUGAACUUUCUCCGGCAGAGACAAGGCCAUUUCAGCAGAGACGUGCUGCUGAGCAUGUGCCAAGAUGUGUGUGAAGGGAUGGAGUACUUAGAGAGGAACAGCUUCAUCCACAGAGAUCUGGCUGCCAGAAAUUGUCUUGUUAAUGAGGCGGGAGUUGUGAAAGUGUCUGAUUUUGGAAUGGCCAGGUAUGUUCUGGAUGACCAGUACACGAGUUCUUCCGGUGCCAAGUUCCCUGUGAAGUGGUGUCCACCUGAGGUGUUUAAUUACAGUCGCUUCAGCAGCAAAUCCGAUGUCUGGUCAUUUGGUGUUUUGAUGUGGGAAGUAUUCACAGAAGGACGAAUGCCUUUUGAGAAAAACACCAACUACGAGGUGGUUACCAUGGUCACUCGUGGUCACCGACUGUACCAACCAAAGUUGGCCUCCCAAUACAUAUAUGAAGUGAUGCUGAGAUGCUGGCAGGAGAAGCCAGAGGGAAGACCUUGCUUUGAAGAUCUGCUGCGCACCAUCGAUGAGCUGGUGGAGUGUGAAGAGACUUUCGGAAGAUGCGGGUGAUCAGUGGCUCUGAGAUUCCCGGUCCGUGGAAGAAAAGGCCUCUGUGACCGACUGUUGGUCCAUUCCCCACUUGGACAUGAAGGUGGCUUUACCUUCCAGGAGGCAAACAAGCACCUCAAGCAUUUGCUUCUAGGCCAGCCUGAGCUUCGUGACACAGAGUUUUCCAGAUUUGGAAAACGCUGCCUUAGAGACGGUGAUUAAAAGCACAUCUACCCCCAAGUCACAGUCACUUGAAAAAGCACCGUCACUUGAGUGCCCACUGGUGCUAUACCCAGGUCCCAGAAUUUACCCGUUUUUAGGGUGCAGAUGGGGCCAUGUUAACAAGUACCCGUAGAAGGCCAUCAUGUCCAUGCAGAGGACGAUUGCUGGCACCAUACUCCAGCUACUUCUCGUCUCCUUUGACUUGUACAGAAAUCUGGACCUGCCGAGUUGUUGAGAACGUGGGUUCCACAUGAAUCAGGAACCUGCCUGGGAUGGAAAUCCAGCUUUUGUUUUGAAAAUAUGUGUUUUCAAGA